UCACUCAUUCCUCUUUGUAUAUAUAUGUGUGCAAACUCAUAGACGUCUCAUCCAUUUCCGUUCUCUGUUGAAAAUCUCCAUAAAAACGAUCCCUUUUGCACUCUCUCGACCCUUUUUCUUCCCCUUUUUCUUACUGUCUCAUUAAUUCCUCUACAGCUAGCUCUAGUCACAGCCGUAGCCAUGGUCGCUCACCUAGUCAACACUAUCCGAAAUGUAGUUGGGAUCACAGGGAAUGUUAUCUCACUCUUCCUGUUCUUGUCUCCAGUGCCAACUUUUGUUAGAAUUUGGAAGAAAGCGUCAGUGGAACAGUUCUCCCCAGUCCCAUACCUAGCAACCUUAAUCAAUUGCAUGCUUUGGGUUAUUUACGGGCUGCCUAUGGUGCACCCUAACAGCACCCUGGUUAUAACCAUCAAUGGCACAGGGACAGCCAUUGAGGUCGUGUACCUAACUCUCUUCCUGAUAUUUUCUCAUGACAAGAAAAAAAGACUCAAAGUGCUGUUAAUCUUGCUGGUUGAGCUAAUUUUCAUUGCCGUUGUCACCACUCUGGUUCUUACCAUAGUUCACACCACUGAACGCCGGUCCAUGGUCGUUGGAAUUUUAGCAAUUUUGUUCAAUAUCAUGAUGUAUGCUGCGCCUUUAUCCGUCAUGAAACUGGUGAUCUCGACGAAAAGUGUGGAGUAUAUGCCAUUUUUCCUCUCCCUGGCUUCCUUUGCCAAUAGUGUUGCUUGGGUGACUUAUGCUUUACUCCCUUUUGACCCUUUCAUUGCUAUUCCAAAUGGACUGGGCACAUUGUUUAGUUUAGCCCAGCUGUUGCUGUACGCCACAUAUUACAAGUCCACAAAGAGAAUAAUAGCAGCAAGAAAAGAGGCCAAGAUCGAGAUGCAUCUGUCGGAGGUGGUCGUCAAUGGAAAUGAUGGUCCCAAGAAGACCGCCAGAGCAUCUUAAGAGACCCGUCCUUCUGCAUCUGCAAUAUAACCAUAUCCACCCAAUUAUAUAUAUAAAGAGAGUUUAUUUUUGUUAUGAACAUCACCAUAUACAUGGUGCUAUAUCCAGCAGCUUGUCACCAAAUCAUUUUCCGUUCAAGUCAUGUGUCACUAUUUUUGCCUCUUUUUUUCUUUUGUUAAUGUAUCGUCUAUGUCGUUUUAGUUUCAUGAAAAUUAUUAUUAUGUGGCCCAACUUACAUAUGUAACCCUAGGGUUUUCUCCUAUCCCAUAAUAAGAGGUAGCUUCAAAUUUCAUAUUGAGCAGAUUUUUCUUUCUUUUUAAGGAUUGCAUGUAGUGAAAAGUUACAAGGUUGAGAUCCACUUGGAAGAAUAAGGCAAAAAAAAAAAAGAAAUCUCAUUGU